AUGCGUAACAUCAUUAGAACUGCAACGGUCGUUUUGGGAAUCAUUUCCGAUGCGCUAUCUCAGAACACGACCAGUCCGUGUGGACAAAUUACGGAACGUGUCGUUGAGUUCUACAGCAACCAGUCAAAUCCCCCGGGAAAAUACUUCUAUCCACCAGUAGAUCUUCUCGGAGGUCUCGAUGAGAUUUCCAACGAGAUUUCGUCUGGUGGUCUCUCUAGUCAAUAUGCUUUGGACUUAGCCUUGCACAAUUUAGUUGCAUCAGCUCAUGAAGGACAUUUGGGUUUAGGACUCUGUACCAGAACCCCAAUAGGGUACCAGAGAGGCCGUGAAACUAUCAUCAGCUUUGUUUCAGUCUCUGAAGAUGGAACCGACGCACCUUCAAUAUAUAUGGUUGGCGACAUUGCUACAGGGGCAUCGAGCUCUGUGUCUUCGGUAGAUCUCAUCGACGGACAGAAUGUUACGCAAUAUCUAGAACAUUUCUCCAUCGAUUAUCCAGCUGAUCCAGAUGCGGCAUGGAACUCUGUAUUUUGGAGCUUUGGUAGAGGUCAAGUUUCCGGUGGCUUCCACGGAUCAUUCACGUUGCCCAAUAUCUACAAGUCCAUCAAUGACGUAACGAACAUUACAUAUAGUAACGAAUCAACAAUCUCGUAUGAGAAUUAUGCAAUAACCACUGCGGCACUUUGGUCCAGUAAUGUUGUGGAUGGGGAGUCAUUUACUCAAAUUUAUUGCAUCAAUCCUGCACAACUAGACUUGCAGUCCCAGUCGAGCGCUACGGAUCCCUCAGUCCCAGCGAGCCCAAAAACAACACCGAAUAGGACUGUGGCCACAGGUGCCAUCGUUCCAACGCUACUUGGCUAUCCGUACUAUCCCGUGGCGAAGGAUGUGAACAACCAAGUGGCGGGGUACUUUUUGAAUGAAACAGAAUAUCAGGACACGGCGGUGUUGUAUAUUUCCUCAUUCCUCAAUAGUACCGCUCCACCACUCGAAGCUCCCGAUACUUUCGUCGAUGCAGUGAUGGAUUUCAUCAGUGCUUGUACAACGGCGAACAAAACGAAACUCAUUAUCGACGUGAGCGGCAAUCCUGGAGGAAACCCCAUUUUGCCAUAUGAUCUUUUCAAUCGCCUAUUUCCAAAUAUUCAACCCGAAGGCCGCUCACGCUUACGUGUAAACCCAGCCGCAGAGAUAUACGGCGAAACAUGGGGUAAUGUUCCUGAGGAGCUUCUCACUAUCAACUCGACCGACAGUGCACUAUUUGCACAGCUUAAAACAACCGCUUUGUUUUCCCCAUUUAAUUAUCGGAGCGCUCUUGAUGCCGAACUACAGAACUUCACAGGCUGGACAUCUGGCGAAAUACCCUACUUUCCACCUGUGGAGGACAAAGGAGACAACUUCACAGCAAUCGGUAGAUUGCCGUUGAAUAACACGCUUUUCGACGAAACUUUGGGUGGGUUUGUUCCUUACGGAUAUGCAAAUGGAGCAGAGAUGCCACAGCCGUUUGAGGCCCAGAACAUCGUUCUGUUGACUGACGGAAUUUGUGCUUCUGCAUGCUCCAUUCUAGCAAACUUUCUAACAAACCAAGCCAACGUCAAAACCAUAGCCGUUGGCGGCCGGCCACAAAAAGCACCCAUGCAAGCAGUUGGCGGCACCAAAGGCUCCCAAGCAUAUCCAUAUCAGUCCUUAAUUCUCGGAAGCGCGUACAUCGAUUACGCCGAAGUUCGUCCUUACAUUCCAGAACCUGCAGCAAAUACCUACAGAGACAUUCUUCCAGGUUUUCGUCCGCUGCCUCUAGGAUCUAUCAACGAUUUGCAAUCCUACAGCAUUAAUCUGAGGGAUAGUAUCCCUGCGAAUGACGAGGCUGGUGUUCCUAGGCAAUUCAUCUUUGAGCCGGCGGAUUGUAAGAUCUUUUAUACAGCGCGCACUGUGCGGGAUCCGGUUGCGCUGUGGGAACAUGUGUAUGAUGUUGCGUGGAAAGGUAAGCCGUGUGCUUGGGGUGGGAUGGGUGAGGUGGGUUCGAGUGAUGGAUCGGGUGCUGGUGGUCCUGCUGCUGGUGGAAAUGCGACUGAAGGGGGAGAGGAUACUAGUGCUGCUGGGAGAAGUGCUUAUGUGAUGAUGAUGCUGUGUUUAGGGAUGUUUUUUUGGGUCGGCUUGGUUGGUGGUGUAGGUAAAGUUGACGGGACACCAUGA